AUGGCGGAAGUUCGGAGACGUCAGCCUGCUCGGGUUAAAGGAAAAGCUAGCCAAGACUCUUCUUUACUUAGUGAUGAGGGUCUUGGGAUGGCAGCCGAAACGUUGACUUUGUUUUUGAAGUUAUUUGCAGCUGUGUUUUAUGGUGUUAGUUCAUUUUUAAUCGUAGUUGUGAAUAAAAGCAUCCUGACCAAUUAUGGGUUCCCUUCAUCAUUGUGUGUGGGACUGGGCCAGAUGUUUGCUACAGUCGUCGUGCUGUGGGCUGGAAAAAUGGUUAGGGUGGUGAACUUCCCAGACUUUGACAGAAGUGUACCUCGAAAGACAUUUCCACUACCUCUAAUUUACUUUGGUAACCAAAUCUCAGGACUGUUCGGCACAAAGAAACUCAACCUGCCAAUGUUUACAGUCCUCAGAAGGUUCUCCAUUUUGUUUACAAUGUUUGCAGAAGGAAUGUUACUUAAUUGUACCUGCAUCCAGCAAGGGGUCUGCUAUAUUUUAUAUUUCAAAGAAACAUCUGUCAAGAAUGACAUUCAUAGUUUAUUAACUGAGAGCAACAGGACUGAACUUUUUAAUAAGUUAACCAACGAAGUGCAGAAACAUUCUACGGAAGUAACUAAUAGGAAGCACUCUAAAUUACUACGUGACAUCUCCUCUUACGAGGAAGGGACUGCCUAUGAUAACUUUACCGUAGGUUUUAAAAAUAAUAACAACAAUGUUAAAGCUUUAAAUUUUAACAGUGGCAACAGGCGGAACUACAGUUCAGUGGUUGCCGCGGCACGUACUGAUAUCAACGGUAUUAUUUCAACUUCUAGUUACAAAACUAAAGGUAGUGUUCCAUCUAAUGAAGAAGAAUUUACCAGCCAUGAAAAAGACAGUGUUCACCAGGAGUCGGACAUUUCUAGCGUCCAAUUCCUCGGGGGACGAAACUUGAAAUAUUCGACAAACAAAUUUAGAGACAAUCAAUUUGAUAUUAUUAACCUGACUGAUACUGUAUUUACUGAACCUGAAUUAGACGUAUUAAGAUUAGGAUUGAAUUUUGUACCAACAGUUAAGGCUGAUUUUAGCAAAACUGUAGUAGACAUUAAGAAAUAUGUUAGAAAAUUGAAUCUUCUUUAUUUGAUGCAUAACGUACCAGAAGUUAAUAGAACUUUAGUAAAACCUUCUAUUUAUAACCCUCAGUUAAUGCACACUUUAAAAGUUUUUGAAGAUGUAUGUGUGAAAGAACUUGAUACUGUUUUAACUAGUAAGAGUUAUUAUAAGUACAAUUUAAAUUUUGAAGAAAGGAAGGCCUUUAAACAACUACGGGACAAAAACCAGUUGUUGAGAUUUAUGAAAAGUGACAAAGAGGGAAACAUUGUGAUAAUGGAACAGGAAGAGCUCGGAAAAUAUGGUUUGCUGUAUUAUAAUGCAUUGUUCAUGAUCCUGCCAACCUUUAUUAUUGCAUUAAUCAUGGGAGAUGUGCAGAAGGUGUUGGAAUUUGAAGGCUGGGUGGAUGUUGUGUUUAUAAUGCAGUAUAUGCUUUCAUGUGUUAUGGGAUUUGUUCUCAUGUAUUCAACAGUUUUAUGUACACAAUAUAAUUCAGCUCUUACAACCACAAUAGUUGGUUGUAUUAAGAAUAUUUUAGUAACUUACAUUGGAAUGGUUUUUGGUGGAGACUAUAUUUUUACAUGGACAAACUUUAUUGGCUUGAAUAUUAGUAUUGCUGGAAGUCUGGUGUAUUCGUAUAUCACCUUUACAGAGGAACACUCAAGCAAACAGUCUGAUGCUGGCAGUAAAACAGAAAUUAGAGGGAAGAUUGCAGUAUAAUAAAGGAUCACUGAUACUUUAUAUAUAUAUAUAUAUAUAUAUAUAUAUAUAUAUAUAUAUAUUUUUUUUUUUUUUUGUUUGUAGCGGCAAUAAGAAAUUAGAGGGAAGAUUGUAGUGUGAUAAAGGGUCACUAAUAAUUCAUUUAUAUUUUUGUAGAAUUACUGAUUCAUUUGUGCUGCUCACCGUGUGAGUAGGGUAGUUUUAUAUUUCUACGUAAUACCACGUAGACUAAUGUUUACAAUUCAGGCAUUUGUAUUGCACUUCCUGAAUAUUUGUUUGUACUGCAAGUUUUAAAGUUCAAGAUAUAUUUACAUUAUAUUAUUUUUACAAAAAUGUCGAGCAAGCUUUGGAUUAGCUGUGUUUUAAUCAUGAAAUAUUUUGCUGCAUGCACAGGAGAAAGUAUUUCCUGUGCCAGGUGGACAGCUAAUUGCUAACAGUAGUAGUGCUCGCUAACCGAGAAAGAGGAGUUGUGAACAAACCUGGACUUCAGAAAUGAACUGUCAAAAUUUCACUUCUACAGGUCAAGAACUUCGAAGAACAGCUGGUGUCCUAAGUCAGGUUAAGCUGGGCUGCCUGCUUUAUGGUUUAAUAGUUUACAGAUAUGUCUAAAGUGAAAAUAUUGAACAAAUUAUGAAUUCUGUGUAAGAUUUCCUAGUAGUUGUGACAUUUAUUUUGUAUUCUUAAAUGUGCUUUAUUCACUAUGAAAUUUUUGGCAAGUUCCUAAGAUGCAGUAUUAUUAAUGGAAUACUGUUUUCCAAACUAAAAAAAAAUAAUCCAACUUGUGUUGCUGAAGUUCAUGUGCAUACAAAAGUGUCUGUAUGUGGCUGCAUGAGAACAAGUGGAGCUUGUAUGACAUUAACGUUCCAGACAUUAACGUUCCAUGUGUAGUUUUUGGAAAGUGGGAAGGAAUGUGCAUAGUCAUGUAAGUAUCCAUAGAGUGGAAGCUGUACUGUAGAGUUGCUUUGUAUUCGAAUUCUCUACCAAGAAUAUGCUUUUUGUCAGAGUACUGUAUUAACUUGAGAAGUGUGUACUCGGAGAUGAAAUUGUUGCACACUGAAGAAAAUAUUAUACGAUUUUGCUCUGACUUCCAUUACUGAUGGAAAAUGUAAGACUAUCAUAUGUUGUUUGUUUACUCCCUGCAGGACCUUUGAAAUUUGGCAUUUUUAAGUACUGAAUCUACAAAAGUACCCAAGUAUUUUUUAUAAAAAUGUAAUUUUAAAAUAUAUUUUACAAAUUUUAUAUGAAUGUUUUUUUGCAUUUAACUAGGGAUAAUGGCUGACUAGUGGAAACCUCACAGUGAGCAUUGCCAAAUGAAGAUGCAUGACAUCACUUAUGUCAUUACAUGUAUGGCACUGCUGUAUAUUAUAGAAAGAAAGAAAACAAAAAAUGCUUGUUACAUUUCCUUUUCUUUACUGCAUGAGGCAUGCUUGUGUGUCUGUACUGUCCAUUCUGUUUUGGUAAAUUGCCAUGCCUGUGUAGCCAAAACAGUGUACCAGGUAAAAUUAUGCAGACAGGUCAGUAUAGCAAAGUCCAUUAUCAUACCAAUGAUCUUUUUCAGUAGACAAGGCAUCAGACCGUACAAUACAACUGUGCUGCUGUGUGUUGUCUCUAUUCAGAAACUACAUAAUGAGUAAGCAGUAAUUUUUCAUGUUCUCUGGAAAAAACUGUCAAAGAUAAAUUGAAGAGUGAAAAAAGGUGCAUUGUUUGUAUCCCUCCCACACAUAUGAACACUAAAUCUAAGUAGAUGGGUCUCUAUCAAUUAUUUGUCUAUAUCUAUCCAUUAUCUCUCUCUAUAUGUGUGUGUGUGUGUAUGUGUG